AGAGGAGGGGCCAUGGGUGACGUCACAGGGAGGCAGAUCAAUGGAAUAGCUGGGAGUGGGACCUCAUGAAAAGUAAGAGGAGAACGCACGGGGAAAUCAGCAAAAAGCAAGGGGCACAUGCGACAAGGAUUUCUUAGCAAUAGCGAGAACACAGGGGGAAAAGGGGAGGACACGCUUGAAGAGCGUGAAUGUCCUAAAAUGGACACCGUACAUUCAGCCUUAGUACUGGCAACGCGCCCCUACUGGCUCCCUUACGUGCUUCAACCAGGAAAUCGUCAGGCCAGUUUGGCUUCAUGUUCAGACGGAGGAUAUUCAGGCACGCUGUGUCAGUGAGUGUGCUCUGAACAAGCAUGGGGCUAAACUUAACACGGGCACUCCGCAACUUUAACCUUGAAAAUCGGGCUCAUGGGCUUAUUGGCAAGGAGAAGCCAAGGCCUGCACCCUCCCAUCCGAAAACAGAGGAUGCACUGAGGGCAACCAAAACACAUCACCCGGACAUUGAAGAUAAAAUCCGUAACAAAGAUAAUCUGCUUCUGACAAGGCUGAAAGAAGUUUAUGUUGACUCCAGUGACCCAUCUUCUGAGGUACAAACCAAAGAGAGUGCAUCUGCGCAAGAAGAGCUUAGACUUCCAAAACUCACUGUGAAUCGAGAGACCCUUAUGGAUCUGGAUGUAGAGAGUAUUCCUAAAGGAAAGAUUUCUGUGCUUGAGGCACUGACACUUCUCAACAACUAUAAAAAUUCUCCAGAAACCUGGACUGCUAAGAAAAUAUCAGAAGACUACCACUUAGACUCCAAGAAGACCCAGGCACUGCUGGAAUACUUUAUACCUUUCAACGUGAAAAUCAUUCCACCCAAAGACAAGAAGCAAAUUACAGACUCCUAGAACACCGGAACUUAAUAGCAGAAGGCAAUUAUUUAUAUUUUAUUUAGAACUCUGAUCUGAUAUAUAUUUUAUUUCCUUUAACCCUUCUUAUCUGUGAUUUCUUGCAUUAAAGUCUUUGUUGUA